AUGUUGUUUGGAUUGGCAUUGGUCUCAAGGACUUGGUUCCAGGCUGCCAAACAUGCACUGCGUCCAAACGAUCUGAUCACGAUGACCGCCACCAUCAAAGGUCCAGAGAAUCGUCGCUUAUCGGCAAUCAUUGACAUUUGCACCACUCAGAUGCACCAUUCCUCCUUUGCCAAUGUUCUAGUUGACAUUGUCCCAGGCAAUGAGCUGCCAUGCAUCGACUCAGAUGACGACGACCAAGAUAAUGAUGAGACUCAAAUCGAUGCAACCAACAACAACAACUCACUCGACAGGUUCCGUAAGAGAGUGGCGCUGCACAUGAAGGAGCACUCGGCAGAACAGUUGGAAGCCAAUGUGUGUACCUCCUCUCUCCAAUCACUUGCAUUCAGAGCCGACCAAGUAUUUCUGCCCUUUGUCACUAGAUUUGUUGGCAGCUGUUCUUGUGCCGGCCUGAACUCAUUGGCCAUCGAGAUCCCCUCGCGAUUCACAAGGGACCAGAUCAUUCCACUGGCUAGAGCCAUUGACAACAACCCAAGUAUCACAGAGUUCAAGAUCUACCUCACCUUCCAAGACUUUAUCGGUCAACCAAAGGUGGCCAACAAGCUGAUCAAGAAGAUCGUCAGGCGGCCAACACUCACCUCCUUCAGGUUUGGAUGCUACGAGACCGAUUGCCGUUUCGAUCUUCUCUGUCAUCUGCUCAAGAGGGAGCUGCUCCACACUUUAGCAUAUAACUCUCGUGUCCAACAAGACUCAAAGGGUAACAACAAGAUGUUGGACUUUGCCCAUCUGAUAGCAAACAACAAGACUAUCACGACACUCAACCUCCACAAAAUGUCGAUGGAUGAACAGGCAAAUCUUCCUGAGCUCCAACAGUUCAAGGUGAUCUUUGGCAACGCAUUCGCUGUGGGCAACAACUCGACUGUCAGGCGGCUGGGGGUCAACAACUUCAUGGUCUCAACCGAGCUAUUCGAGGCACUCGGCACCAACUCCACGAUCACCGCCCUGAAGCUCAAGCAUCUCCGGAUCUGUCACUUGGAGCAGCUCAUCAGAUUGAUUGACAGCAACAAAACAAUCACAAGCUACUCACUGGAUAUCACUUCAGGUGGACUGUCAAGUCUAGACAAUAAGUCCAAAGAUGAGUUGAUUGACACUCUCUUUGGUUCACUGGCCAAAAACACUGCACUAAUGCAAUUGAAGCUCCAUAUAUCUGGCACCAAGAAAGAGGAGAAAUUCAUCAAUAUGGUUGCCAAGACAGACAGGCUCCUCACUUUGGAUAUCUUUCCAUUGCCAUUGGAACCUGCACAGACAUACCUAGCCACAAGCCACACUCUAAUUUCGCUCAGGUCAAGAAAGAGGACACAUCAAGUCAUCGUGAUGGCAUUGGAUGACAAUAUGGACAUGGUCAUAUCACCAUUCAUUCAUUCAUUCAUUCAUUUGUUUAAAUAA